AUGGCUCGCGGAAAGGAUAAAAAGAAGCGCAAGUUAGAGAAGAAACAAGAAGGCGAUGAUGUGCCCAAGAAAGUACCGCAUACGCUCGAGUCCCUUCGAGAAAAAGAUGAGACUAUGCUUGUUAAUGUGGACGAAGAAGAACAAUUAGAGGCACAAAAAGAUAUGGAACUAGAUGAAUUAUCUUCGUACUAUGAGAACUCUUACGAACCAAAAGUACUGAUAACCUACUCGGACAACCCACAUACCAAGACUAGGGUAUUUGGCAAGGAGCUUACUAGAAUGAUACCUAACUCAAUAUCUAGGUAUAGACAAAGAUCAUCAGUGAAGCGUAUUGUCCAGUCAUCAAUCCGCGAGCAAGUGACUGAUGUUAUUAUAAUUAAUGAGAACCAGAAACAGCCCAAUGGAUUUCUUCUGAUACACUUGCCGAAUGGACCUACUGCGCACUUCAGAUUGUCUAGCUGUAAAAUAACACCAGAGCUGCAAAAGGAUUAUAAAGAGAUAACCACCCACAGACCAGAAGUAAUCUUAAACAACUUCAGCACGCGAUUAGGUUUGACGGUCGGUCGCAUGCUGGGCGCACUGUUCCACUACGAACCUCAGUUCCGAGGGCGACGCGCCGUCACCUUCCACAACCAACGAGACUACAUAUUCUUCAGACACCAUCGGUAUGAGUUCACACAAGACGGGAAGCGCGCUAAACUUCGUGAGCUGGGCCCUCGGUUCACGCUCAAGCUAAUAUCACUGCAGCAAGGCACCUUCGACUCAAAACGAGGAGAUUACGAGUGGAUCAUCGCCGGUAGACGACACCAGAUGGAGACUUCGAGGAGAAAGUUCUUCUUAUAA